CCGCGGACAACUGCUCCUACGGUCUCAGGCCUCAGUCUGCUGAUCAACGCAAAGCAAAACACGCAUACAGACCCAUUGGAAGCACGCUUUGGCGCGUUGGAUGGUAAAGCGGAGCCGGAACCACUCAUGCUCAAGCUUUAUCGGCCAACUGGUGUCAACCCAUCAAAGCCAUUCAGUGUCUGCAUCAAGCCUUCAGCAACUGUCUUUGAAACGAUUGGCUUUGUCUUGCUCAAAUAUCUCGAGAGCGAGCAGCAACCGGCCCUGACAGAAGAGCAGCGAGAUCCAGAUUGCUGGACGCUGCGUAUCGUUGAGGAUGAUGGUGAAUUGGAUGAAGACUUUCCAGCACUUGAUCGAACACGACCCAUUUCGAAAUUCAGCUUCGAUGAGUUUGCCUUGGUGGAAGCGACUCCUGCGCAAAUGGAAGAGUACAAGCAAUCGCAAGGCACUUCGACUCCCACAAAGUCUACGCGCCACGCGCAUACACCUGCAGAGCACCUUCCACCACCCGACCCUGCAUUUUUGUCACCUGAACGAAGCAGUCAUCCAGGGUCAAGCUCUUUGUCGAGUGCGAAACCGGGUGCGACCUUGGGACAACCCACCAAAUCGUUUGCCAAAACGCCAGGGACCCCGGAUCAAACCACCAUUCUCAACGUCACAACGGAAACCUAUCUUGGUGAUGUGCUCGAUCAAGUUUGUCGGCGGCGAAACUUGGACAAAUACAUGUACUUGCUGCGACUGGCAAGUGCUAACGUGAUUGUGCCAACGGAUCGCACUAUCGAGUCUCUACAAGGAAGGACAGAGUUGGUCUUGAUACGAAAACGCGCUAGAGAUAUACUGCAUGACCCCGGCAUGCCUCGCAGUAUGACGCCUAAUGCCCCCAUUGUUGCUGCCCCUUUCGCGUACAGCGCUUCGAAGCUUGGCACAAGUGCUGUGGUACAAGGCGAUGCAUCACUCGUCCCUGAUUUCGUCAAUGCCAACACCUAUCAACGCUGGAUCGUUUGGCGUCGGCAGCCGAUGUCCUUCAUGGGCCGUCAUGAGCGUAUGCUUGCAAUCGAUGGCGAGUAUGUACAUAUUUCCCCGACAGAGAGCAAGACGAUGUUCGAGAAUGCCAAAACAAGCAGCUUGCACGUCGGCCAGAUUGUGGUUUGCAAGCAGUCGCGGCGGAUACCCAUGAAUUUCAAAAUCAUCAUCAUCAAGCAGGGACAGACGAAGCGGUAUGAUUUCGAGGCGUCCAGUAUCAAGGAGUCUGAGGUGAUUGUGUCUAGAAUACGGACACUGAUG